GAAACCAUGGCGUCCAUGAACUUGUACUCUUUGGUGCUGCUGGUGGUUGCCCUGGUGUCAACGCCACUGGCCGUCGUGGCCGGCGACCCGGACAUUCUUACAGACUUCGUCAUGCCGAUGAUGUGGGGCAUGCCGAUGAACAUCACUGGCGACUACUUCACCUACACCGGCUUCGGUGGCUGGGAGUUGCCGGUGACUAGCUUCACGGUGCAGAAGGCCUCCAUGGUCGAGUUCCCUGCGCUCAACGGGCAGAGCGUGUCGUACGCCAAGCUCAGGUUUCCGCCGGGCACCGUGAACCCGACGCACACCCACCCGCGCGCCUCUGAGCUGCUGCUCGUCAUUGAGGGUGCGCUCUCUGUCGGCUUUGUCGACACCGCCGGCAAGCUCUACACCAAGGACCUGGUUGCCGGAGACAUGUUUGUCUUCCCCAAGGGGUUGGUGCACUACCAGUCUAACCAUGGGUCCAACCUUGCGGUCGCGCUGUCAGCAUUCGGGAGUGCCAACGCGGGCACCGUGUCCGUUCCUGUCACGGUGUUCGGCACCGGCAUUGAUGAUGCCGUGCUCGCCAAGUCCUUCAAGACUGACCUGCCCACAGUGCUGAAGCUGAAGGCGGCGCUCACUCCGCCACCUAAGCAUUAA